GUUUCUGUCAGUACUGACUCUGCAGCCGUGAGGAUCUGUGCCGUCGUGAAAACACCGUGCAGUACUUUGGAGCGUCUCUGCAUCUUGGGUUACGAGUUUGACCAACAUGGCAACCAGAGCUGAAUCUCACCUGAAACAAGAGGAGGGAGAGAGUGGAGGUGGAAAGCAGGAUUCUCCGCGUACCCACAAGUGUGGCGAAUGUGGCAAGGCGUUUCGCUUCCUCAGUCAGUUGAAGAGACACGUGCGGUUUCACACAGGUGAGAAACCGUACAAGUGUGAGGAGUGUGGCAAGCAUUUCAGUACACUGACAGAUCUAAAGAGGCAUAUUCAGACUCAUACUGGUGAAAAAACAUACAAAUGCGAGGAGUGCAACAUGCAGUUCGUUCAGCUGGUUAAUCUAAAGACUCACAUACGAACUCACACUGGUGAGAAGCCCUACCGGUGUGAGGAGUGCAGCAAGCAGUUCAGCACGAUGGGUAUUCUGAAGAGACACAUGCGAACUCAUACUGAGGAGAAACCGUAUCAAUGUGAGGAAUGCAGCAGGUGGUUUGGUACGCUGAAUCACCUGAGGUUGCAUAUCAGGACCCACACCGGUGAAAAACCGUACCGAUGUGAGGCGUGCAGCAGGCAGUUUAGUCUGAUGGGUAAUCUGAAGAAACACAUGCGGACUCACACAGGGGAGAAACCUUACAGGUGUAAAGAGUGCAGCAGGCGUUUCAGUCAGUUGGGUCAUCUGAAGGAGCACAUGAAAACUCACACAGGUGAGAAACCGUACAGAUGUGAGGAGUGCAGCAGUCAAUUCACCACAAGCAGCAAUUUAAAGAGACACGUCGGGCGAACUCACAGAGCGGAGAAACCGUAGAUGUGUUAAAAAUGCAACGGAAUCUUUCUGUUUGAUGCAUGCUAUUCUAUUGUAAGUGAAGCCGCUUGUUUACCGUUGUUUUCUGUCAGUACUGUAUUCUAUACACGAUUCCAAUGUUAUAGUAUUAACAGCUACAUGUAAUUAACAGUAGCGGUAUAUUAGUAUCACGAUCGAUGCAUGCUUCGUAGCCUGUUGAUUAGAGCUAGAAGUCGUGUUUAAAAUGCGAAAGUGUAGUAUUUAGACAAUAGUUACAUGGUAGGACAUCGUUCGUUAAACCCGUUUUGUGUCAUUGUAACUUAGUCAACUACAUGUACACAUACAGGCAUGUAAAUAUACCAGAUCUGUAGCGUUUUGUGAAGUAUGUUAUUAAUUCGCCGAAAUGUAGUUUUCUUUGUUUUAGAAUCUGUAAAUAUACUAGAUUUUUAGCGUUUAGUUACGGUUGUAGCACACUAAUGUUGUUUGUAAAAUGUGAAGUAAAAAAUGCUUCUUUUCUAGAGUUGUUUCUGUUAACUAAAUAUAGCUGUUAGAGAUUUGCCAAUUUUUUGCAUCUCAGUUUCAACAAUAAAGCGCGUUAUGUGCCGUA